UGCUUCGUCCGGCAACGUCGUGGAAGGUACUGCUGCUGUUGCUGCCCUUCGCUACACUACUUCUGCUGCAAAAGAGCAACACCUUGCUUGUCAUGGCUUCCUCUGUUGCGGUCGCCUCUCCUUCCACCUCGCGCUCUUUUGUCGUCAUCGUAGCCGCCACCGCCGGCUCCCUCGGCAUCGGUAAGAACGGCGCCCUUCCCUGGCGCCUGGCCGCCGACAUGGCCUACUUCAAGCGCUGCACGUCCACCCCCACAACGAGCAGUGGCACCAUCACCGCCACCACCACCACGGACAAGAUCAACGCCGUGAUCAUGGGCCGCAAGACCUGGCAGUCCAUCCCCGAGCGAUUCCGCCCCCUCGCGGGCCGCCGCAACGUCGUGCUCAGCCGCAACCCCGCGGCCAGAGAUACCCUCCGCCUCCCCAAGGACGUGCUCCUAGCCGGCAGCCUCACCGAGGCCCUGGAUCUCCUCUCUCCCGCUGCCGCCUCUGAGGUGGACAAGGUAUUCGUUAUCGGUGGGGGCUCGGUCUACGCGGAGGCCGUGGCGUCGGAGCUUUGCGAGAAGGUGCUGCUGACCUCGGUGACCCCGCCGGCGGACGGGCGCUGCGACGACUGCGACACCCACUUCCCGGCCCUCGACCCGGACACGUUCAAGCUCGUCAAGAAGGGCGAGGUUCAGGAGGAGAAAGGCGUCGAGUUCUCCUUCGACGAGUAUGAGAGUGUCAACCACUCGGAGGCGGCGGCGGCGAUGGCUGCGGCCGAGGGGGACAAGGAGAACGCAGCCGCAGCAAGCGUCGUAGGAUCCAAGCGCAAGUCUUCUCCCGGCGGAGACCAGAUUGCCGCAACCGGCGUUGAGACGCCCGUGGCGGCGGCGGAAGGCGACGGCGGAGGUACCGCAGACGCAGCGGCAGCAGCAGGCUCGGCCUCGACAGCACCAGCGCCCCAGGAGGAGGCGGAGGGCGGUCCGGGGAACGAGGAAGAGAUGCAGUACCUCAACCUGGUGGAGGACAUCCUGGACAAUGGCUUCCGCAGGGGGGACCGCACGGGGACGGGGACGCUGUCCAAGUUCGGCGUGCAGAUGCGCUUCAGCCUCAGGGAAGAGCGCUUCCCGCUGCUGACCACCAAGCGCGUGUUCUGGCGCGGCGUGGCGGAGGAGCUGCUGUGGUUCGUCGCCGGGUGUACAAACGCGAACGUGCUCAAAGAACGGGGGAUCCACAUCUGGGACGGUAACGGGUCGAGGGAGUUCCUUGACGGGCUGGGACUCACCGAGCGCGAAGAAGGAGACCUUGGGCCGGUGUACGGUUUCCAAUGGAGGCAUUUUGGCGCGGAGUACACGGACAUGCACGCUGACUACACGGGGAAGGGAGUGGACCAGCUCGCGGAGUGCAUAACGAAGAUCAAGACUAACCCCGAGGACCGAAGAAUCGUUCUCUCGGCGUGGAACCCCUCGGACCUCGGCAAGAUGGCCCUGCCGCCGUGCCACAUGUUCUGCCAGUUCUACGUGGCCGAGGGGGAGCUGUCCUGCCAGAUGUACCAGCGCAGCGCGGACAUGGGCCUCGGCGUUCCAUUCAACAUUGCCUCCUACGCGCUGCUCACGAGGCUCGUUGCUCAGGCGUGCGGGCUUAAGGCCGGAGACUUCGUCCACACCAUCGGCGACGCCCACGUCUACGUCAACCACGUGGGCGCUCUCAGGGAGCAGCUCAAGCGCAAGCCCCGCCCCUUCCCGACCCUGUCCAUCAAUACCGACGAGACCGACAUCGACUCCUUCGAGUACAAGCACUUGGAGGUGAAGGGGUACUCGCCCUACAAGACCAUCAAGAUGAAAAUGGCCGUGUGAGCUAGACAGCCAAGGAUAGAGAGUGAGACGCGACGGUAACGGGGCAACGUGAAGAGAAUUGCGCCCUAGUACAGCGGGGCACCCUUUGCGGCGGAGGCUUGCAAGUUGCUGCACUGCUAGCUCCAGGGGGAGGCGGGGCGUCGUUAUUCGGUGGCAGGGCUGUCGAGUGUAAAUACGUGGGGAGGGACAGGAAGCAUCACUGCUAUACCGUUAUUUUUUUGUAUGCUCAUGUGUGUAUUUUUUCCUUUUUUUUUUAGCUCGGGCGCAGAGGUUGAUGUGCCUCGUUCCCGCUACAAACGACAAGAGCAAAAAGCUCUCUUGUGCUCGUUUUUUGCGUGAGUGUUCGUCGCUCGUCGCCUUAGGCUGAGCGCAAUCCUGUCUACUUAGAAUGCUUGGCCUUCAUGAAAAACAUUUUCAACUACUGAUGAGUCUACCAUCUACACGUCCAACGUAUGUGGGGUAAGUGACGCGGGUUCGCACGUUAUUCCAAGCGUGCGCAUUCGCAGAAUUGCGGAAGAGGGGUGUACUCAUACUCA